GCUUUCCCGUGGCUUAUUAUCACUCAACGUUGUACUAGACUAUUUGUCAUAUCGCCAUUUGUUGUUUGGCGUGUUUUCUACAGAUGUUUGAUUGAGAAACGACGCCGAUAGUUCAAGAUGGGUCGCGGUGUAAAGAAGCAUAUGAAGCGUAUCAAUGCGCCUUCGCAUUGGAUGCUUGACAAAUUGAGCGGUCGUUACGCUCCCAAGCCAUCUCCAGGUCCUCACAAGAAGACUGAGUGCCUGCCCUUGAUUCUUCUUCUUCGUAACCGUCUGAAAUAUGCCUUGACUUACGACGAGGUGAAGUUGAUUGUUAUGCAGAAGGUUGUUCGCAUUGAUGGUAAAGUGCGCACUGACAUGACUUACCCUAUCGGUUUCAUGGAUGUUGUAUCUCUUGAACGUACUAACGAGCACUUCCGUCUUUUGUACGACACCAAGGGUCGUUUCGUUCCACACAAGAUAACUCCCGAGGAGGCCUCAUACAAAUUGUGUCGUGUAAUAAAGACCUUUUUGGGCCCCAAGGAGGUUGGUAUGGCUGUGACCCACGACGGUCGCACAAUCCGUUUUGUUCACCCUGACGUUAAGCCCGGUGACUCUUUGCGCAUUGACCUCGAGACCGGUAAGGUCCUUGAGUUUUUCAAAUUUGAGGUUGGUAACUUGGUGAUGAUUACUGGUGGCCACAACCAGGGUCGUGUUGGUACUAUCGUUCACAAGGAGAGGCACCCUGGUAGUUUCGACCUCAUUCACGUUCGCGAUGAGCUUGGCAACAACUUCUGCACUCGUUGCUCUAACGUGUUCGUGAUUGGUGUCGGUACGAACAACUACGUGUCGCUUCCUAAGGAGCGCGGUAUCAAGAAGGGCAUCAUUGAGGACCGUGCUGAUAGGCUUGCUCGCGCUAGCCGCAACUGAUCUUAAUAUCAUUGGUGCUAUU